CACUUUUCUUUUUGUUUUUCUUUUUAGCGAUCCCUUUUGUAGUUGUUUUUUGUCCCUUUGGUGUCAUUUGUGUCUUAUCUUAUGUCUUUCUGGUUAUUUAGUGUCUCUGGUCUUGUUCAUUCUUCUUUUUAUAGUUGUUUUAUGUCCUUGCUCCUGUUUAUGUGCUUAUUUCUCAUUUUUGUGUUUUUGAGUAUAUUUUUACUCAUGUUGUAUCUCUUUGUGUGAUUUUAUUUUUAUUCUUUGUAGUUUCUUAUGCCUUUGCUCAGUGUGAUUUUUUGUGUGUGUCUUUUUACAUCAUUAUAAAAUGACUUUAUGGUCAUUUUGUGUCCCUUUGAGUUGUUUUAUGUCAUUUUAUGUAUUUGUGAUCAUUUUGUGUCUCACUUGUCAACAUUUCUGUUUCUUUGAUCUUGUUUUGUGUCCCGACGACAAAGGGACAAAGACAGACAAAACGCGUUUUGUCUGUCUUUGCCCGUGUUUUGUGUCUCCUUGGUGUCAUUUUUCCUAAGAUCCAUUGGUUUGCUCUGCCUGCGAUCCAGGCUGUAUAAUCGAACACAGAUAACCGAGCAGUUGAUGUUGACGUGGUAGUGAUAUAUCUUGAGGUUUUUGGUGGAAACAUUCAAAUACACGUGAAUAAAAGUUAGCAGAAACUGUUUGAUAACAGCGAGCAAUCAUGCUGGACUUUGCCAUCUUUGCUGUUACCUUUGUCAUCAUCCUGGUGGGCGCUGUCCUUUAUUUGUACCCGUCAUCCAGAAGGGCCUCUGGUAUCCCAGGUCUCAACCCCACAGAUGAGAAGGAUGGAAACCUGCAGGAUAUCAUCGACAGAGGCAGUCUGCAUGAGUUCCUCGUCGGCCUGCAUGAUGAGUACGGCUCCGUGGCCUCGUUCUGGUUUGGUGGUCGCCCUGUGGUCAGCUUGGGCUCCGUAAGCGAGCUUCAGCAACACAUCAACCCCAACCACGCUACCGACUCCUUUGAAACGAUGCUGAAGUCGCUGCUCGGCUACAAGUCCGGGAUGGGAGGUGGGGCCAGCGAGUCCAUCAUGAGAAAAAAAGUGUACGAAAGUGCCAUCAACAGCACGCUGAAAAACAACUUUCCGCUUGUGCUCAAGCUGGUGGAUGAGCUGGUGAAAAAGUGGAAGUCAUUCCCAGAGGGUCAGCACACGCCUCUGUGUGCCCACCUGCUGGGCCUGGCCAUGAAGACGGUCACCCAACUGGCUCUGGGCGAGCGGUUUGGGGACGACACUGAGGUCCUUGCCUUCCGCAAGAACCACGAUGCGAUCUGGUCAGAAAUUGGAAAGGGCUACCUGGACGGCUCCCUGGAGAAGAGCUCCAGCAGGAAAGCGCACUAUGAGAAGGCUCUGUCAGAGAUGGAGUCUUUGCUGUUGUCUGUGGCGAAGGACAGGAAAGCCCAGAGGAAGCAGGCGGUGUUUGUGGACGCUCUGCUGCAGUCCAACUUCACAGAGCGACAGAUCAUGGAGGACUGCAUGGUGUUCACUUUGGCUGGAUGUGUCAUCGCUGCGAACUUGUGUAUCUGGGCUCUUUACUUCCUGUCCAAUUCAGAGGAAGUGCAGGACAAGUUGCACCAGGAGCUGGAGGACGUGUUGGGUUCUGAUCCGGUUUCCCUCGACAAGAUUCCUCAGCUCAGAUACUGCCAACAGGUCCUGAACGAGACGGUGAGGACUGCCAAGCUCACCCCCGUCGCGGCUCGGCUUCAGGAAGUGGAGGGCAAAGUCGAUCAGCACGUCAUCCCCAAAGAGACGUUGGUGAUUUACGCCUUAGGAGUGGUUCUACAAGAUGAGGAAACCUGGAGCAGCCCUUACAGGUUUGACCCAGAUCGAUUCGAGGAAGAAUCGGCCAGGAAGAGCUUCUGUCUGCUCGGAUUCUCAGGGAAUCAGACGUGUCCAGAGCUCAGGUUUGCCUACACUGUGGCUACGGUCGUCCUCAGCACGUUGGUGCGGCAGCUGAAGCUCCACCGACUGAAGGGGCAAGUGGCCGAGAUUCGAUCCGAGCUGGUAUCCGCACCGAAGGACGAAACCUGGAUCACCGUCAGCAGAAGAAGCAGCUAAAACAAAGAUUUAGAGAAAACGAUGAAGAGCAAAAAGCAACACAUUUAACAUCACUGAAUGAAAUUACCAGCAGAGUAUUCCCUGUUAGACGUCAUCGUAGUUCCCCAUCAUGAUGCCAGUAGUUUGGACUGACACUCUUAAUUUGUAGGAUUUUAAAGGCUGUUUCACCCACCUUGUACCACCACUGAGGCCUUAAGCAUGACAUUAGCUUUUUCCACUCACAGGUUUAGUUUGUCGAACGCUUCCUGUCUCUUCAGGGAGGGAGGCUCGACGAGUAAAGCUGGAGUUGCUAGGUUCUGGUGGUCUCUGGUGAAAGCCAGUUGAACUGCAAAGCACUGGGCUUUGAACACAGAUCCUUUUAAAAGGAUGUUGGGCCCUCGGGCCACCCUCAUGGAGUCUGUUUCUGUUUCUCUAGUUUGGGAAGAAACAUGCGCAUGAGCAUCUUCUGGGUUGAUGAGCCUUUCUACCAUCCUGGUAUCUUCUCCACAUCCUCAAGACUGUGUUGGGCAGACAUCGCCUCAUGCUACCAGGAAAAAUCUGAACUCGAGAAAAAAAAAGUCUGUGGCCACAACCUACUAAACCUUUUAUGGGGGUUGUCUUCUUGUUGCCUCUCCAGUUCAUCUGCUGUUGGAAACACUGAUAUCCCUGAAGAUCCACCAACUUGUGAUGAUCAAGUGCUAAGCAGUGUGUAUUUCCAGCCCACAUGUGCAAGACAUUUUAAAUUAAAUUGGGCCUGAACAUGUAUAAUAAAUCAAUAAUAGCUGUUAUUUUGUUUAUUGGAUCAACAGGUUGGUGUAUAAGAGACCAGAAAAUAGUAAAAGCAUCUCAGCUUUCUACAGGGGGAAGGAGGCGCUUUUAGCUCCAGAAAGUUAUUCAGUGAUUAGUUAUUGAGUGAUUGUUGCAGCUUUAAAUUAAAUGUUAUGAGAGCUUUACAGAAGGGGAAGCAAAAUCCUAUUUUCUUCUCCUACUCCAGACUGGCUUCACAGUAACUAAAGCCUUAAAGAGUAAUAAAAAAUGAGUCCAGGAAAUGUA